AUCUUCUACACACUCUUUGCGCAAGUUGUGAGAGAGUCACAUUGCUCCUUUGCAAGCUUUUUACUUGCUCCCAACAAUCCAGCGCAUCUCUAAACACAGUCGACAAGAUGUGUGGCAUAUUCGCGUGCCAUCGGCACCCGGAUGUGCAAAAGUUCAAGCCCACUGCCCUCAAGCUUUCAAAAGCGAUUCGCCAUCGAGGACCCGAUUGGAGCGGCAGCUGCAUCUGCAACAACACAAUUCUGUGCCAUGAACGGUUGAGCAUCGUGGGUGUUGAGAGCGGCGCCCAGCCCCUGACCAACGAGGAUGGCAGCAUCAUACUCGCUGUCAACGGCGAGAUCUACAACCACCGAUUGAUCCGAAAGACCCUCAAGAACCCGUACCACUUCAAGACUCACUCCGACUGCGAGGUUGUGAUUCCACUAUACAUGGAAUAUGGUCUGGACGCGCCCAAGUAUCUCGACGGCAUGUUCUCUUUCGUCCUGUACGACAAGAAGCAGGACCGAACAAUAGCCGCGCGCGAUCCAAUCGGCAUCACCACCCUUUAUCAGGGCUGGUCCUCCAAGGAGCCCGGCACCGUCUACUUCGGUUCCGAGCUGAAGUGCCUGCACCCAGUGUGCGACAAGAUCGAGUCCUUUCCUCCGGGCCACGUCUACGACAGCAAGACCGGCGAGAGGACACGGUACUUUGAGCCUAACUGGUGGGACGGCUCUAAGGUGCCGCAAAAACCUGUGGACCUCAAGCUCCUGCGCGAGAAGCUCGAGAAGUCAGUCCGGAAGCGGCUCAUGGCUGAGGUCCCAUACGGCGUCCUGCUGUCCGGUGGCCUCGACUCGAGUCUGGUUGCUUCGAUCGCACAGCGCGAGACACAGCGCCUGAAGAAGGCUGCCCUGGCCGCUAACGGCUCCCAGGAGCAGCAGCAGACCGGCGACGAGGACAGGGGUGAGGGCCUGGUUGGUAUUGAUGAUGAGGACCACUUGUCCACCGUCACGUACCUGCCCCAGCUCAACUCAUUCUCCAUCGGUCUCCCUGGCUCGCCCGACAACGAGGCGGCGCUGAAGGUCGCCAAGUUCCUGGGAACCAAACACCACGUCAUGACUUUCACCAUCGAGGAUGGUCUGAACGCCCUAUCGGAUGUGAUUUACCACUUGGAGACGUACGAUGUGACGACUAUUCGGGCGUCGACGCCAAUGUAUCUGCUGUCACGCAAGAUCAAAGCCAUGGGCAUCAAGAUGGUGCUGAGUGGCGAGGGAAGCGAUGAGAUUUUUGGUGGAUACCUGUACUUUGGCCAUGCGCCUGAUAAGGAGUCCUUCCACGACGAGUGCGUCCGUCGGGUGAAGAACCUGCAUCUUGCCGACUGUCUCCGCGCCAACAAGUCUACCUCGGCAUGGGGUCUUGAGGCCCGUGUGCCUUUCCUAGAUAAGGAGUUCCUCGAGACAUCCAUGGCCAUUGACCCGGCCGACAAGAUGAUCACCAAGGGCCGGAUCGAGAAGUACAUCCUGCGCAAGGCCUUCGACACGGCCGACGAGCCGGGCAACGAGCCUUACCUUCCUGACGAGAUCCUCUGGCGCCAGAAGGAACAGUUUUCGGACGGUGUCGGAUAUGGCUGGAUCGACGCGCUCAAGGACAACGCGGAGCUGCACGUCACGGACGAGAUGAUGAAGAACCCCAAACCAGAGUGGGGCAGCGACAUUCCCGACAGCAAGGAGGCGUACUGGUACAGAUGCAUGUUUGACGAGCACUUCCCGCCCACCUGUGCGGAGACGGUCAUGCGCUGGGUGCCUAAGUGGGUGAAGCAGAGCGAUCCUAGCGGACGUGCGAUUGCUUCUCACAACGCCAAGUACGAGAACGUCGAGUAGGUUGGCCAACUUGUGAGUAACUAUAAGGCAAGGCCGUGGCACCGUCUACCGUCUUGCCAAAGAUCAACAUGUGUGACAAUAUCUCAUAGAAAAGUUUAGUCGGGAGCCGGGUAUGGUAGAACAAUAGAGUAGAUAAUACCAGAUUCAGGGUU